AUGUCAUCAUUCCCUACGGGUUAUAAACGUUGGGUGUUGAAUUACGACCUUCGCAACUGUUCUGGAAAUCUGUGUCCACCAAACACUCUUUGUAUGCGACCGGAAUAUUCUUAUUAUCCGACACAUUGUGUUCAUAUAAAUAACGUGGACGACGUUGAUCAACACCUGUCAAAUGGACCUAUUUAUUUGUGCAAUGAUGGUAUUGCUCAGUAUAUCACUCAGGGGAUGCUUGUGACUAUUUUAAUUAUUGUUCUCUGCCUUCAGUUCUUUUGGCGCUCAUCAAGUAAAAAAGUUUCUGACAACAAAAAGAUCAAAAAGAAUCCUUCAAUAUGCGACUCUAUAACAGCUAAUCUGGAAUUACUGACUCCUCCUCGGUUGGAUUUAACUCAUAUUCGAUCGAACUAUUCAACUCUCCUACGUGAAAGGAAUGACCAACCAACUAAUAAUUCUCAAUUCUCUACCAUCAAGUCAACUAAGUUUUAUAAAAGAACUGAACAACAAGCAAAUAGUAGCACAGAUUUAUUCAGUUCGGAAUACUCUGUGCCUUUUGCGCCUUAUCAAAAUGUUUGA